AUGGCAUGGGGUGAUGAGAGGAGUGACUUGGCAUGUGGGAAGUGGGAGGCCUCCGAGGGUGGUCUGGUUAAGGCCGGCUCCGUGAGCGACGGCCGCCGUGCCUUCGUGGCCCGUAUGUGGCUAAAAGCAAGCGAAGGGCGGCGCCGCCGUGGUCUCCCGUCACUCUCGCCGCAUGCAGGCUGCGGGCUGGAGUUCCUGCUGGUUCUCUGUGGGCUAGAGCUAUCCUGGUCCUGCCCCCGCCACUGCAUCUGCUACACCGGCCCCAGCACCGUCUCCUGCCAAGCCCACAACUUCCUGUCAGUCCCCGAAGGCAUCCCCCCUGACAGCGAGCGCAUCUUCCUGCAGAACAACAAAAUCCACCGGCUGCUGCGUGGCCACUUCAGCCCCACCACGGUCACGCUCUGGAUCUACUCCAACAACAUCACCUAUAUCGAGCCCUCCACCUUCCACGGUUUCACCCUGUUGGAGGAGCUGGAUCUGGGGGAUAACCGCCACCUGCGCUCCUUGGCCGCAGACACCUUCCACGGGUUGGGGCGGCUCCACGCAUUGCAUCUGUACCACUGUGGACUCAGCGCCCUGCCUGGUAACAUCUUCCAGGGCCUCAGAAAUCUGCAGUAUCUCUACCUGCAGGAUAAUCACCUGAAGUUCCUGCAGGAUGACACCUUUGGGGACCUCCAUAACCUAAGCCACUUGUUCCUGCAUGGAAACCGCCUGUGGAGCCUUCACCAGAACACCUUCAGAGGCCUGAGGGCCCUGGACCGCCUUCUUCUGCACCAAAACCAGUUGCAGUGGAUAGACCGUCUGGCCUUCCAUGACCUGAAACGCCUCACAACCCUCUACCUGUUCAACAACUCCCUGGUAGAGCUGUCGGGCCAGUGCUUGGACAUGCUGCCAGCUCUGGAGUACCUGCGCCUCAAUGACAACCCCUGGGCAUGUGACUGCAAGGCCGUGUCACUAUGGGAGUGGUUAAAGCGCUUUCGAGGUUCUACCUCCUCUGUGGGUUGCCAGGCACCACCAGAUCUGGUCGGGAAGGACCUCAAGCUGUUGCGUAAGGAGGACUUCCCAAACUGUUCUCCACUCGUGCCCAACUCUGAAUCCAGAGCCCAGAGUAAGACCAACAAUUUGUCUGGCACAGUGAACCCAUCGAUGAAUGGUAGUGUGGGGUCCGUGGGGUCUGGGGGACAGAGCCGCACAGUGCACCCCUUGAGGCCUGGUCGUUCUCGGAACUGCACAAAGCCUCGCGUUAGGGGGAGCAAGGGGAAGGCAGAUAAUGAGGUACACCAUUCGAAGGAGGUCAUGACAGACAAGGAGAACUCCUCCCCAGAUUUCACAGAUGGGGGAAAGUACGAUCACACAUCACCAGAUGGCACCAUAACAAGGAGGAAGCACAAGUGUACACCCCGGACCACUGUUCGUCCCCCUAGCGGGGUUCAGCAAGCCAACAACAGGGCAACCUUACCCCAGUCCUUACUAUAUCUUCACACCCUCUUGGGGACCACGAUGGCCAUAUAUUUCGACUUCAUUGUCCGUUGA